ACGAUUUUUUGUGCAGAAAAGUGAUUGGACCUAUUUACCAGAAACCCGCCUGCAUCUAGGUAGACAUGGCGGAUAUACGAACACGUCCCUGUGUGAGUUCCACUGAGAAUAACGCAAAAGAUAAUAUUUCCCGAGAAGGCGGCACUGGCACAUCUGCAUUAUUUGUUAAGUUAUUUGCUGCAGCUUUUUAUGGGCUCUCGUCUUUCCUUAUUGUUGUCGUUAACAAGAGUGUUCUUACUAAUUACAGAUUCCCGUCCUCUUUUGCAGUGGGAAUUGGACAAAUGUUUGCAACAGUUGUUGUGCUGCGAGGAGCAAAAUCAUUAAAUGUGGUAGAUUUCCCAGAUUUUGAUAGGCAUGUACCUCAUAAGGUAUGGCCACUCCCUUUAAUGUAUGUGGGAAAUCAGUUAACAGGUCUGUUUGGAACAAAACAACUAAAUCUUCCAAUGUUUACUGUGCUCAGAAGAUUCUCCAUUUUAUUCACAAUGCUGUUUGAGGGUUACCUCCUAAAAAAGGAGUUUUCAUGGUCCAUAAAGGCAACCAUAUUCACCAUGAUCCUGGGAGCUUUUAUUGCUGCAAGUACGGAUUUAGCUUUUGACCUCUACGGAUAUGUGUUCAUUACACUUAACAACAUUCUGACUGCUGCUAAUGGGGCUUAUAUGAAACAAAAACUGGACUCCAAGGAGCUGGGAAAAUAUGGGCUGCUCUAUUACAAUGCUUUAUUCAUGAUUAUUCCCACUAUGAUUUUAGCAUACUUAACUGGAGACAUUAAGAAGGCUUUGGAGUAUGAUGAUUGGGCUGACAUUUUCUUUGUGAUUCAGUUUGUGUUAUCAUGUGUCAUGGGGUUUAUACUCAUGUACUCAAUUAUGUUAUGCACCCAUUAUAACUCUGCUUUGACGACUACCAUUGUCGGCUGUAUCAAGAAUAUCUUAGUGACAUACAUCGGGAUGGUGUUUGGUGGAGAUUAUAUCUUUACUUGGGUGAAUUUUAUCGGCCUAAACAUCAGCAUUGCUGGCAGUCUUGUGUACUCGCACAUCACUUUCACUAAGGAACAAAAAAAAAAAUAUUGAUGGAACAAGCUUAAAGUGUCGAUAAAACCUAUGGGAGUCAAGAACACAGUCAGCAGGGUGUGCACACAGUCUCAUUUCACAACACCGUGAGUGCAACAGAGACCAGCAAUUUUCUCAGCAACCUUGUUUUUUUUGAGAUAUGAUAUGAGAAGAUAUGAUUUAAUUUAAUUUGAUGUUGGAUAGAUGAGAAAUGAUUUCCUUUGCUAUGGUAUGAAAUCAGUAUUAUCCUGUUGUCUUUGUAAAUUGUAAAGUCCUCAACCUUAGUAGUUCAAGGUGGACUGUACAAUUUCCAUUUUUAUUUUUUAAUUGAGGUAUGAAUCAAAAUUAUUUUUAUUUAUUUAUUAUUAUUAUUAUUUGUGUGUGUGGUAAUUAACAUGAUACAAAUUAUGAUACAUGUGAUGCUGUUGAAACUGGAAUAAGUGUAUGAACAACCUAAAUAACUUUUAAUGGCUAUAU